AGACAAUUGUCUCGCCCCCUUUUUCUUCAUUCGUUCGGUCUCAGCGCAAGAGGGUCUUGCAAGCUGACAUGCAUCCCGCAAAUUCCUCUCUCCAAACUUGAGCCAUUCGCUCGAGACUUCUAGAUUUGCCGCAGCUGGUUCGAUGCAACCAUGGAUAUCUAUAAAGGGCGUUCGGGUUGCUUCUCAUUCAUGCUCUUCCACCGCAGUUCUCUCUUCUCACUUGCACACUCAGCUCCAUUAACCACCUUCGUAGAGAAUCUAUCAUUCUCACCAUGUUCUCCACCAUCUUGACCAGCUUUUUGGCUCUGUCCUCCUCCGCGACCGCCCGGACUGUGGAAACACGAUCUCUAGCGCCUCGCUCCAUCACUCCCCCGGAGGGCUGUCCCAUCCCGACCUGGAAGAUCGAUAACUUUCGCUGGUUUAACGGCUCCCAUAGCUUGGACUGCAUCCAUAGCGACGUCGACAGGAACGCCAAGGGCUGUCUCUGUGGCCGGGGAUGGUGCGAGCCCAACCCAGACACCUGCAACGGUUCCAUGGUGAAUGUCUGCUGGACAGGCAUGCCGAACUACGAGCCCUGGGGCUAUGGCCCUGCCCAGACACUGGACAUCCAUUUUGAGGACGGUCUGCGCUGCGCCGACACCUACAUUGGUUACCGUAUUCACGAUAUUGCACAUGGCGAGACCAACUGCGGAUAUGCGGACCGCGGUAUGGGCCGGAUCGUGUCCUUCUACGGCAGCUCCAACGAGGCCACCUCGACCGGUCAUAUGGACUACCAGUUGGGCAAUGGCCAUGCACUGGAAUGCGCCAAUGGCAGCAAGAUCACCUAUUCGGGUAGCACCGAUUUCACCUUGAACUGUAUCCAUGACGAGUUCUUCAAUGCCACUUGCACGGCGGCGCCCUUUGAGAUCCCCAUCCUCAGUUACUCCUGGGCCAAUUAAAUCACGGUGAAACCCACUUCGGUUGGGCCCGUCUGUGUGUAGCAGCGACGUUAAGUAUCCCACUGCGGCGGGUGUCGAGAUUGUCCGUGGACGCUGUCGUUACGUUACCUUCGCUUGAAUGGUUUCCCGGUCCCUUGGGGUGACC